GGUGCUCCGAUAACGGUGUGCUGAGCUCGCCCCGCAGUCGAAGUUCGGGAAAGCGCAGAGUAAAAACUCAGGCGCCUUGGCGGGCGCACGUAUUGGGCAGGCGAAGGACCCCCUCUGGCAAAGCGGGGUGAGCGGUGGUUGGAGAGCUAGUGCCCAGGCAGCUCAGGUAGAUGCGAGUCACGUUAGGUGCUGUGGUCCUAAACCUCUCUCUCUAACAUGGCAGCUGCUGAGGUCGUGGUGGUGGGAUCCUGUAUGACUGAUCUGGUGAGCCUUACUACACGCCUGCCAAAAGCUGGAGAAACCAUACACGGUCACAGGUUUUUCUCUGGAUUUGGAGGGAAAGGUGCCAACCAGUGUGUCCAAGCUGCUCGACUUGGGGCGAAAACCUCCAUGAUAUGCAUGGUUGGGAAGGAUUCCUUUGGCAAUGAUUAUCUUGAAAACUUUAAGAAAAAUGGGAUUCCUACAGAAUUUGUGGGCCAAACAGAGGAUGCUGCUACUGGAGCUGCUUCGAUCAUUGUCAACAAGGAAGGGGAAAACUUUAUCGUCAUUGUUGCAGGAGCAAAUUUGCUUUUGAAUUCCGAUGACUUAAAGAGGGCUGCACACGUCAUCUCAAACGCUAAAGUCAUGGUCUGCCAACUAGAAAUAAACCCAGCUAUUUCUCUGGAAGCCCUGAAAAUGGCACACACCAGUGGAGUGAAGACUUUAUUUAAUCCUGCUCCAGCCAUCGCUGACCUAGAUCCACGAUUUUAUACCUAUUCUGACAUCAUCUGCUGCAAUGAAACUGAGGCAGAACUUUUAACGGGAAUCUCAGUUGGCAAUGUUGAAGAUGCUGGGCGUGUGGGACGAAUCCUGCUUGAGAGAGGCUGUAAAACAGCCAUUGUAACUUUGGGUCCAGAGGGCUGUGUGUCGGUCUCCACAAAGGAACCCACCCCGAAACAUAUUCCCACCAAGACGGUCACCGCUGUAGACACCACGUGCUGUUUAACUACUGCUUUGGGGUAGACAUUCCGCUCACUUGUAACAGCAAUUUCUCCACAUGUCAAGUUCACCUCACCAGAAGGCUGUGACAGAAGUCAGGUCCGUUCUCCAUCCCAAUGACAUUCCUCAGCGCUGCCCAUCCUCUUCUCAAACUCCUGUCCACCCUUUACGUAUAAUUUUAAUGUUUCUCCAAAUUCUGGAUGAGAACCAAGCCAGGAAAUUGCAAUGGCUACUAGAAUAAAAUGGAAGCAUAUGCAAAUAAACCCUGAACGAGAGUCUUUUUUUAAAAAAACAACAGCAACCUUUCUUUGUUUCCCAACUUUGUGGCCUAACGGCUAUGACUCAGGGGGUUAUAAAUACUGAACUUAAUCCAGUGACUAAUUGCUCAAAAUUUUGUGCAUCAGCAGAAGUGGAACCUGUGGUUGGUUCUAAUACUAUCAAAUGCCUUUGCUAUUCAAUAAUAUCCCUCAGAGCUUGCUAUCUAGUAUGCAGUUUGCCCAAAGAACAGUGAUUUUUUUUGUUUCAGUUAUCCUCUUGACAAUGGAGAAGAAGGCAGCUGCUAGUAAAUGAAGCAGUUGGCAGACAGAGUGUCUGAGGGAAACUUCUGCAGUUCACCAAAGGAGGGUGGUUAACCUUUCUUCCUACCAUAGCUGUUUGCACUAUAGUGAAAAAAAUGGCCUUGACCACAGUGUGAGAAGCCUGUUAGCAGUGGCAGCUGUUAGCAGUAGGCGAGCAAUUGGACUCUAAUUGUGGUUAAUUGCACGCACCAGCGUGGUGAGGUGGAGAGUAUUAUUGUAAAAAAUUACGCCCCAGAUAGUGAUAGUAUAAUAGCUCCCUUUAUUUAUCAUGCAGCCAAAAUAACCCUGUGACCUCCUCUCCCCGAUCCACUGGGUAUGGGGAGGAUGUUGCCAACCUUGGACCUGGGCUACUGCCACUUCAGUGCUAAGACAAAAACCCUUUUGUCAUUGUUUUCUGGGAAGGACCUCAGUCUUUUCACAGUAGAUGAGAGUAACAAAGAAACAACUUCCUUACUCAGAGAAGGACAGAUGUAUUGGCAGAGCUGCUGCCUGUUGAAAUUUCGUGGUAUUUGUUAAGCUCAGGCAAGUGCUCAGUUUCCAAGAAGAUAGGCUGAAAAGCCUAAUCUCUGCACGUGCUUUUUCUUCACACUUCCCAGGCCAAUCCUGGCACUUAAUAUCAGCUUCUGAGACUGAGCCGUGGUUCAGACUGAGUUCAGCUGUUGGUUUAAUAUAAUAUCAAAGUGCUGAUGUUUGAUUUUGUGAAUGAAAGCUUCUAUAAUUUUGCUAUUAUAUUUGCUAUUAUUUAAUACAUCGCUUUAAGACUUGGCUGUUUUCAGUCGGCUUCCCUUUGUUCUUAUAAUGUGAUAUUUCAUUUAAACACCCCAGUCCAUGCAGAUUGUCUCUUUGUGGUUAGGUGAAGGGUUUUCUUAGACAGGUUUUUACUGAUUAGACAAUAAUGAAAUGCUUUAUGGAAGCAAUUGUAUGUACGUAAUAACUGUUGAUUACUGUGCAUUAUUUGCACCUCAAGGUUUGGCUAACAAUGUUAUAUUUGCCACAUAAUUUAUUGCUCCAUUUUUCCCCUUAUACUGAAAACCAUUAAAAUAGUUUCACCAAUAUUAUUAUUAUUAUUGCCAAUUUUAAAAUUUGAUUUUCAAUAUAAACCCAAUUACACAAAUUAGUUCCAAAUUAAAACAAUUUUGUUAAGAGGCCUCGUGUGCACCAUUCUUGAUGGGUCUUUAUCAUCUAAUAUUACUGUGUUUCAUAUUCUUAUUUAUUUCUAUUAUAUUCCGUUUUCAAAAUUAUCACAUAAUUAACAGCUGCACUCUUAAUGAUUUCUCUUUGUGUUAUUAUAUUAUUUAACUUCCCCCCAAAAAAGGCUCUAAGUGAGGAACCAUAGCUUUUUUCCUUUUCAUCCUGCGUGUGCCACAUCCCAAAGUCGGUUGUUAGUCCCUUGGCCCUAUAUGUCUCUCUGAUGUUUUCCUUUAUCCUGUACCAUUUGGGGCUAUCUCCUUACUCCCACUGUUGUAUUAUUCCAGAUUGGUUGGGGCAGAGCUGCAACUUCAAGGUUAAGCCCUCUUCUUUCUCCUGCUCAGCUCCUUCCCAUAAUACUCAAGCAGUUCCAAAUCGACAACAGCAGAUCCCUCCCUUCCACUGGCACCAAAUCAACAAGUACCAGAGAUUUGCCAUUUCUUCUUCCAGAAAGUGGUGGGGAAGGUGGCGCCAUUCCUCUUCCAACAUCCAAAAACCCCUCACGCCAGUUUCCUUUGCCACUACCGUAGGAUUUUGCUUUAAAGGAGGGGGGAAAGGUUAUAUCUCAACAUCUUCAUGAUCUCUUUCAGUCUUUCUUUUGGGGGGGGGGCAUAGGCUUAAUUCCCAGCAACAUUCUUCCAAACAUAUCAACCAGACUCUCCCCUCCUUUACUCCUUUCAAGCCGCAACAUACAUCAAACCAUCCUCGCUUGUAUAUCUUAAAAUUCAAUAUUAGGAGAGGGUUGCCGAAUCAUAAAUGUAAAAACUCCCAUAAAAUAUAGCAGAGAGCCCCACCCCUCUCCUCCAUCCACCUCCAACUCAAGAUAGAAUCUUCUCCCAAUUUCAAACCUCAGUUCCAUGCAGCUGAUUGUUCGCAGUUAUAAUGUCCAUCUCCUCCGGUGCGUGCCUAUUCUUAAUGCCAAUUAAAACCCAAUUAUAAGGAGAACCUCCACAUCCAGUGGCUAUUUGGGGGGGGGGGUUGCAUCAGGCGAUGUGUGUAGCACCCAGUGCCUCCGUCCAUCCCCGCUCUGAUCCAUGCGGGGGCGAGCCAUUGAGGUGACCAUGGGUCGCCAGUACCUCCCAUAUACCGAGAGGUUUAUAGGGGAUGGUUUAACUCCUUCUAUCCCCCUUUUUUCAGCCUGUGCCUCUCUCCGAUGUUGAGAGAGCCAUCGCCAUGGCGCAGGACAGAAACUGGAAGCCAUUUUCACAAAUAUUAUAAACCAGAUUCCUCAGAGAAACAUUGUGUCGGUAUCUUUUGGGCUUCAAAAAGCUGUCAAAAUCAGGUCUUGCCUUAUCAUGGUGAAUAUGAAUAAUACAAAUAAUAAUAAUAAUAAUAAUAAUAAUAAUAAUAAUAAUAAUAAUAAUAGACAUAAAUAAUAAAAUUAUUGUCAUUGUUAUUAUUAUUAUGAUGAUACUUCUUCAGCACAUAUAAGAAGAGUCUGUCUGGACUAAGGGCCCUUCUAGUACAGAAUAUUGGGUUAGAUAGCCACUGGCCCAUCUGCAAAUGGAAGGGAUACUGGAGGAAGGAGGUCGGGUGCCAUACAUGUAAAAGCUUGCAACCAUUAAUCAGCAAUCUUGUGCACACUGACUAGGGAGUAAGUCCUACUGAAAUCAAUGAGACUUCCGAGUAAACACACAUAGGAUUAGUAGUCAUAAUUUUAGUAGUCACAAUUUAAAUCACAUAUAAGAAAAUUCCACUGGGAAUUGAUGUGUUCAAAACUUGCCAUCCAUUUACUUCCACCAACACACUCACAGUUUUUUCUCUUAUUUUAAACAGCAAAAACACAGGGGUGUAUUUAAGUAAGCUCAGGAGAUAAUGGUCUUCUUAAGAUAAAACCACCAGCUUUUCACCUGUUUUGUUACACCAGAAUGUUGCAACAAGCAUAAAUGUCUCCUGUCUAAUUGCCUUCCGUCUGAAAUUUUGUGGUUGUCUGUAAUAGGUCGUGUUGCCAGUUAAGGGGGCUACAAAUGGAUUUUAUCUGGAAUCAAAAUACAUGGAAUUGAACGCUGAGCAUGCGUUCAGUUCGGCUGGUUUUCCUGAAGUGGCUUUUAUGCCAUGUGAAAGCUCAGAUAUAAUGUGAUAGGUGGACUCUUGAGUUUGAUAAGACGGCUACAGUGGUCUUUUUCAAAUGCCAUUUUCAAAUUUUAUUUCAUACUACUUACAGUGCUGUUUAACUACUGCUUUGGGGUAGACAUUCCGCUCACUUGUAACAGCAAUUUCUCCACAUGUCAAGUUCACCUCACCAGAAGGCUGUGACAGAAGUCAGGUCCGUUCUCCAUCCCAAUGACAUUCCUCAGCGCUGCCCAUCCUCUUCUCAAACUCCUGUCCACCCUUUACGUAUAAUUUUAAUGUUUCUCCAAAUUCUGGAUGAGAACCAAGCCAGGAAAUUGCAAUGGCUACUAGAAUAAAAUGGAAGCAUAUGCAAAUAAACCCUGAACGAGAGUCUUUUUUUAAAAAAACAACAGCAACCUUUCUUUGUUUCCCAACUUUGUGGCCUAACGGCUAUGACUCAGGGGGUUAUAAAUACUGAACUUAAUCCAGUGACUAAUUGCUCAAAAUUUUGUGCAUCAGCAGAAGUGGAACCUGUGGUUGGUUCUAAUACUAUCAAAUGCCUUUGCUAUUCAAUAAUAUCCCUCAGAGCUUGCUAUCUAGUAUGCAGUUUGCCCAAAGAACAGUGAUUUUUUUUGUUUCAGUUAUCCUCUUGACAAUGGAGAAGAAGGCAGCUGCUAGUAAAUGAAGCAGUUGGCAGACAGAGUGUCUGAGGGAAACUUCUGCAGUUCACCAAAGGAGGGUGGUUAACCUUUCUUCCUACCAUAGCUGUUUGCACUAUAGUGAAAAAAAUGGCCUUGACCACAGUGUGAGAAGCCUGUUAGCAGUGGCAGCUGUUAGCAGUAGGCGAGCAAUUGGACUCUAAUUGUGGUUAAUUGCACGCACCAGCGUGGUGAGGUGGAGAGUAUUAUUGUAAAAAAUUACGCCCCAGAUAGUGAUAGUAUAAUAGCUCCCUUUAUUUAUCAUGCAGCCAAAAUAACCCUGUGACCUCCUCUCCCCGAUCCACUGGGUAUGGGGAGGAUGUUGCCAACCUUGGACCUGGGCUACUGCCACUUCAGUGCUAAGACAAAAACCCUUUUGUCAUUGUUUUCUGGGAAGGACCUCAGUCUUUUCACAGUAGAUGAGAGUAACAAAGAAACAACUUCCUUACUCAGAGAAGGACAGAUGUAUUGGCAGAGCUGCUGCCUGUUGAAAUUUCGUGGUAUUUGUUAAGCUCAGGCAAGUGCUCAGUUUCCAAGAAGAUAGGCUGAAAAGCCUAAUCUCUGCACGUGCUUUUUCUUCACACUUCCCAGGCCAAUCCUGGCACUUAAUAUCAGCUUCUGAGACUGAGCCGUGGUUCAGACUGAGUUCAGCUGUUGGUUUAAUAUAAUAUCAAAGUGCUGAUGUUUGAUUUUGUGAAUGAAAGCUUCUAUAAUUUUGCUAUUAUAUUUGCUAUUAUUUAAUACAUCGCUUUAAGACUUGGCUGUUUUCAGUCGGCUUCCCUUUGUUCUUAUAAUGUGAUAUUUCAUUUAAACACCCCAGUCCAUGCAGAUUGUCUCUUUGUGGUUAGGUGAAGGGUUUUCUUAGACAGGUUUUUACUGAUUAGACAAUAAUGAAAUGCUUUAUGGAAGCAAUUGUAUGUACGUAAUAACUGUUGAUUACUGUGCAUUAUUUGCACCUCAAGGUUUGGCUAACAAUGUUAUAUUUGCCACAUAAUUUAUUGCUCCAUUUUUCCCCUUAUACUGAAAACCAUUAAAAUAGUUUCACCAAUAUUAUUAUUAUUAUUGCCAAUUUUAAAAUUUGAUUUUCAAUAUAAACCCAAUUACACAAAUUAGUUCCAAAUUAAAACAAUUUUGUUAAGAGGCCUCGUGUGCACCAUUCUUGAUGGGUCUUUAUCAUCUAAUAUUACUGUGUUUCAUAUUCUUAUUUAUUUCUAUUAUAUUCCGUUUUCAAAAUUAUCACAUAAUUAACAGCUGCACUCUUAAUGAUUUCUCUUUGUGUUAUUAUAUUAUUUAACUUCCCCCCAAAAAAGGCUCUAAGUGAGGAACCAUAGCUUUUUUCCUUUUCAUCCUGCGUGUGCCACAUCCCAAAGUCGGUUGUUAGUCCCUUGGCCCUAUAUGUCUCUCUGAUGUUUUCCUUUAUCCUGUACCAUUUGGGGCUAUCUCCUUACUCCCACUGUUGUAUUAUUCCAGAUUGGUUGGGGCAGAGCUGCAACUUCAAGGUUAAGCCCUCUUCUUUCUCCUGCUCAGCUCCUUCCCAUAAUACUCAAGCAGUUCCAAAUCGACAACAGCAGAUCCCUCCCUUCCACUGGCACCAAAUCAACAAGUACCAGAGAUUUGCCAUUUCUUCUUCCAGAAAGUGGUGGGGAAGGUGGCGCCAUUCCUCUUCCAACAUCCAAAAACCCCUCACGCCAGUUUCCUUUGCCACUACCGUAGGAUUUUGCUUUAAAGGAGGGGGGAAAGGUUAUAUCUCAACAUCUUCAUGAUCUCUUUCAGUCUUUCUUUUGGGGGGGGGGCAUAGGCUUAAUUCCCAGCAACAUUCUUCCAAACAUAUCAACCAGACUCUCCCCUCCUUUACUCCUUUCAAGCCGCAACAUACAUCAAACCAUCCUCGCUUGUAUAUCUUAAAAUUCAAUAUUAGGAGAGGGUUGCCGAAUCAUAAAUGUAAAAACUCCCAUAAAAUAUAGCAGAGAGCCCCACCCCUCUCCUCCAUCCACCUUCAACUCAAGAUAGAAUCUUCUCCCAAUUUCAAACCUCAGUUCCAUGCAGCUGAUUGUUCGCAGUUAUAAUGUCCAUCUCCUCCGGUGCGUGCCUAUUCUUAAUGCCAAUUAAAACCCAAUUAUAAGGAGAACCUCCACAUCCAGUGGCUAUUUGGGGGGGGGGGGUUGCAUCAGGCGAUGUGUGUAGCACCCAGUGCCUCCGUCCAUCCCCGCUCUGAUCCAUGCGGGGGCGAGCCAUUGAGGUGACCAUGGGUCGCCAGUACCUCCCAUAUACCGAGAGGUUUAUAGGGGAUGGUUUAACUCCUUCUAUCCCCCUUUUUUCAGCCUGUGCCUCUCUCCGAUGUUGAGAGAGCCAUCGCCAUGGCGCAGGACAGAAACUGGAAGCCAUUUUCACAAAUAUUAUAAACCAGAUUCCUCAGAGAAACAUUGUGUCGGUAUCUUUUGGGCUUCAAAAAGCUGUCAAAAUCAGGUCUUGCCUUAUCAUGGUGAAUAUGAA